UCAGAUUUCCAACCAAUCAACGAGUGUGAUGUAGGUUUCGCGGGGGAUUCGUGUUAUAUUUCUGUUACUUAAGAAUACGUUAUGUAUGUUAGUUACUUACUUAAGUACGCGCGAAAGGGGAGCCACGAAUGAACUGAUGACCACCGCACAGAAAUUCAUCUGAAAAAUCGAAAUAUUAGAAAAAUCGUCUAGCUUCGGCUAAGUUACAGAAAUGCUUUUUCGCUCCAUUGUUGACAGCGGAGUCUGUGAACGGAGGUGCAAUGACCUCAGCCCAAAAUACAAUUUGUACUCUCUGCUGGACGGCUACCAGUGUGCUCGUCAUGAUGAACACAUCUCAUACGGGAAUCUGGGGAUCGCCUUCUCUACAGCCCCGGGGCUGCAGGGCGUCCUUGCGGUGGCCAGUGAUGGGGGAGCCCUGAGGCUUUACAACACAGAGAACCGACAGAGUCCACUUCUGAAAGAAUGGUUGGCACAUGAUAGUGCUAUCUUUGACCUUGCUUGGGUGCCAGGGGAGGCUAGCUUGGUGACCGCAUCAGGUGAUCAGAUGGCCAAGCUGUGGGAUGUGACAUCAGGGGAGCUCCUUGGUAGCUUCAAGGGGCACCAGUGCAGCCUCAAGUCUGUUGCAUUCACACAGCAGGAGAAAGCUGUGUUCUGUACUGGGGGCCGAGAUGGGAAUAUUAUGGUCUGGGACACAAGGUGCAGCAAAAGAGAUGGCUUCUAUAGGCAGGUAAAGCAGAUCAGUGGAGCUCACAAUAAGAUGGAUAGAAACACACCCUCUAAGACGAAGAAGAAACGCCCCGGCACACGCGGCAUGGACCCCUCUGUGGACUCCCAGCAGAGUGUCACGGUGGUUCUGUUCCAGGAUGAACACACACUCAUCUCCUCAGGUGCUGUUGAUGGGAUAAUCAAGAUGUGGGACCUCCGGAAAAACUACACAGCGUACCACCAUGACCCCAUCCCCCUCCAGGCGUACCCGUACCCAGGGACUAGCACACGGAAGCUAGGUUACUCAGGGCUGGUAUUGGACUCCACUGGCUCCAACCUGUUCUCCAACUGCACUGACAACAACAUCUACAUGUUCAAUGUCAGCGGGCUGAAAACCACUCCAGUGGCAGUCUUCGGUGGUCACCUCAACUCCUCGUUUUACGUGAAGUCCACUGUUAGCCCCGACAACCAGUUCCUGGCUAGUGGCUCAAGUGACCAUCAUGCGUACAUCUGGAAGAUCUCCGACACAAAACAGCCUCCCAUGAUGCUUCAGGGCCACAGCCAGCAAGUGACCUCCAUAGCAUGGUGCCCCACAGAUUUCACGAAGAUUGCUUCCUGCUCUGAUGACAACACCGUACGGAUCUGGCGUCUGGACCGGGGUACGGAUGGAGCAAAGUCUUCUGUCGGAGAGGCCAAUCUGGUGGGCUGGGCAUGUUCUAAACCUGCCACCACCAUGCACAGUCCAAUGCCUUUGAACCAGGCGGAGUGCACCCCAGCCAAGAGUCCCCGGCCAAGGCAUCUGGGGGCCCUGGCCUCCCCCCAGCCUGCCGCCUGCGCUCCCAGAGGAGCAGACCUGCCUCUCGCCUCCAGCACCACCGCCGCCUCCCCCUUUCAGGCCCAGGGCGCCAGGGCCCCCCUCAUACGUCAGAAAACGCCCUCCAUCAGGAACUGGUUUGUCCGGACUCCCGGGGAACAGAUCACCCCUCCUCUCCGCAAGGUGCUUAGUCCCUGUCCCGUCCCUACCCUUUCCUCGGAGAGGACGGCCGAGUGCCGGCUGGAGAUUGGUGACAGUGGGGCGGCAGGGGGCUGUGAAGGUUCAGGGGAGUGUGACUGCAUCACAGGGCUCUACCCCGCAGCCAAGAGGAGCCGGGGACUAGCAGGAGUGUGCUGCCCUAGCCAGGAGCCACCUCAUGCGGGCACAGAGAGGAGCGAGGCCUGGGGAAAAGCAGACCUCCAGGUGGAGGACCAGAGGCCUGUCCCAGCCACACAGGCAGACAAGGAGAACAGCUCUCCAGAAGGGGCAGACUGGUUGUCAGCAAUGAGCCAGAAGCUGAGGAAAGGUUUGGGAAAACCCAGAAGCACCAGUGCCCCCAAGAGGCAAGAUGGCAGGAUACCGACCUCACCGGCAAUGUCCUCUCCCUCCUGGGCAAUGCGCUCACCGAAAUCCAUUAAGAAAAUAUCUUCCUCGUUCCAGCGAAGGAAUCGGGAGUGAUCAGCUUGGAAUGAAAUGGUUUUCUCAGUGCUGAUUCAGAGACAAUAUUUAGAUUUGUAACAAAAAAUAUAUUUCCUAUAUAUGUAUUUUAAUUUGGAUCACUGUUCAACAUAGAGAAAUCUUUUUAAAGAUAUGAGGGUUGAUUCUUAACCUUAAUAUACCCAAUAUUGCACCCAUUUUUGAGGAUCAUUACAAUGAGUUGUCCACUCAACAUAGAAGACAAACAUACAAGAGAUUCCUGUUCUCACGUCUUUAUUUUGUACAUUAACUUUGUAUACAAUGAUCCGCUUCCCCUCCACCAAUCCUAACCUUAACCAUUAAAUGAGUCUAGGGGCAACUUCACCCUACACCAUUCAUGUCUGCACAA